UCAGCUGAGCCCUUCUGUCUGCGUUGAACUAAAUUUUGUGAAUAGACGAUUAUGUUUGACUUAGUAAAAACCUCUGCUUCAAAAAAGUCUUCCCACGCGAUUUCUAAUCUGAAGCAGUUACCCAGUGACCGUUACAUGAAGUACUACCUUAACGUGGCCUGGUGUUAACAGACGACAAUCAACAACAAAAGCAACUAACACGAAAACACACGUUGGUACGGCAGGCGCUACCCGCGCUCAGCUCCUGCAAAGGCCCGUAAAAGCUUGGAUUUCAGAAAACCUUCAGUCUGUUUCAGUUUUUAGCAGCUCCAGCUGAUGUUUUUUCAUGUUGUCUGUUUAUAUAUUUGUUCUUGAUUUUACGUGACCACUCCAUAUUCAGAAGUGCGCUACGACGACGAGUUAGAAGGAUAUAUCGAAGGAAGCACCGAAAAGAACUUAAAAAUUAUGGAACUUCAAGAGAAAUCUGUUGCAAGAAGGGUUACGGCAGUCGACAAGCGGUUAAUGGGCCGGCUUGCUUUGAAGUACCAGGUGGAUUUGAGGUACGUUCUUGCGGUACUUAAGGUCACCAAAUGGGACGCUGGAAAGGCCGAGCUGGAGAUUCAAAACGGGGAGGAGUGCCGUCAUUUGGUUGAGACAAUGGCACAGGAAUUCAAUCGAGACUCUGCCGAAGUUCGUAAACUGUUGGACUCGGUUAGUUGGAAUACUAUGGAAGCACGAAAAUUUGCCCAGCAGCACCGCUCGUGGCGUAUACCUGAGGCUAGCAAAGCGAAAGAACGAGACAUAAAGAACGCUGAAGCGCAGCAGAAUCCCGAAAAUGAGAAGAAAAAAUUUGCCUGCACAUUUUGCCCGAUGUCAUUUAAUCGGCUGCGGUUCUUUGAGGUACACGUAAAGGCGCAUGACGGGCCAAAACCAUUUAAAUGCCAAAGUUGUGGUUUUGCUUUCGGGGCUGAAGAGCAUCUCUCAGCCCAUAUCCAGGCGCAUAUAGACAAGAGCUAUGCAUGCGACCUCUGCUCCGGUCGAUUCUCAAGACGUGAGCAUCUAAUUAGACACUUGGCUAUACACGCACGAAGCAGUAAAAAACAUAUGAAACAACACAUUAAAAACCGAAUCAAGGAGAUCAGCAAGAACAAAGAUAACGCAUUCACGUACAAGGGCAGCAUUAAGAAAGCGAUCAGUAUUGCUAAUAAGGGUAUUGGUCUCAAAUGCCGUAUCUGCAGCCGAACGUUCACGACGAAAACAUGGCUAACACGCCAUAUGAAGGACACUCACGAUGACAUCCCAUUUCAGUGCAAUAUCUGUGAUCAAAUCUUUGCCGAUCGGGAUAUUCUAGAAGCACACGUUAAAUCUCACGGAAAACAACGAUUCCGCUGUACAUUCUGCAGCAGUGCCUUCCUUCGAAAAGAUCACCUCCAACGCCACAUGAACAGUCACACUGGUGAGCGAAACUUUGCCUGCGACGUGUGCGACAAAACUUUUAUACAAAAAGCUCACCUCAACGAGCACAAGCGAAGUAAGCAUGGUGAAGUAACUGGUCAGUAGCUGUGUUGCCACGAGCGUUGGGAAUAUUGAGCCUUUAAGAACACUCACGAAUAAUUCUUCUGUACAUUAACGAAAUAUUUCAUUAAACUCAUUACAUUAAUGUCCCCUUGCAUACGCACGCAUUUACGUUUCCCAUUUUCAAAUAAUUACAAAGGCGACGCAUCCUAUAUACUCAUUUACAGCACACUUUCUGUGGUUGAGAAAGAGACUCCGCAGCACCCGACUGAAGGGCAUUAUUGAUGCUUCAUAGGUACGAAUAUUUUUUAGAUCUCGCGGAAACCCAUUUCGUGGAACAGUGAAAAUAUUCCAUCGUAAAUUAAAGUUUAUACUGUAAUUACUCCAUUAUGCAUUUGUGGCAAUAAGCAAUGAUGUCACAAGCGACUUCCAUUAAUAUUUCGUGAUGGUGGCAGGUUCUUUGGCGCUUCUCCAUAAUCUAACAGGUGGAGCCCAACGGGACAAACGAUUUUACCGUCGUUGUAUUUUGUUGAAGAAAUGUUUGCUGUAAUAAUUCCAUUGGUGCUAACUAGAUUGAGUCAUGUUUAUAGAACAGUGAAAAACGUAACAUUUACUUCUGUAAGAGGCGAAAGAGGUUUAAAUUCUAAAUUGACUUAAUAAUGUAAUAUGUGAUAGCAAUUGUAUCUUGUCAUCAGUAUCUGUAUGAUUAAUACGUGCUAUAUAUGUCACGGGAUUCAAAUAGACGUAUUGAGCCGUGGUUCUACUAGCGUCAUGAUGCACGAAUGUUGUUCUAUUUCCUUAAUAAUCACUCUAAUAAUGUGGAUAAAAUUCGAAAAACGAUACGAUUGAUACCGUUA